UAAAAAUAAUAAGACGAUUAAAAUUGUAUUAUUUUAUACUUUUCAACAGUUCCUAUUAAAAAUUGGUUUAAUAAUUUUUUGACAUUGUAAUACACGAUGUACAUCGAUAUCGUUCAUUCAAUCCAACUGGAGUAUACUUUCAUGUAUUAGUCGACUGCCGAAGACCCUGCAUCCAAAUGUCGUCACAAUUGAGUGUUUUAAAAAUUUGAAUACCUACAAUAUUCAAAUAUAAAUAUGGUAUAUAUAAGCUUAUGGAUAUGCUUAAAGAAUAUGCUUAAAGAAAUCUAAUAUAUUUACAUACUUGUGCAUGUGCAUUGUGUAAAUGUAUUGAGGAGAGUUCGCAAGACAUUCAAAGUGUGACAUUUAAAUUUAUCGAUAAGGACGAUAAGAGUUAAAUCAGAUGGUCAAACAUGGAAAGCCGCAAAAUAACGGCUUUUAUAAUAACUGGACCGCCAGGUGUCGGCAAAACAACAUUAGUUCGCAAAAUAUGCAGUAAAUUGAGCGAAUAUUGCAAAUUAGCAGGAUUCUACACAGAAGAGGUGCGGGCGAGUGGCCAGCGCAUUGGUUUCGAUGUGGUUUCCUUAAAUGGUACUCGUGGUAUCCUGGCACGUGAGAAACCAGCGGACAACAUACGUCGGCCCAAGUACACAAAGUUGGAUUGUUUGUUCUGUAUGUUCGAGUAGUCAUUCGUUUGUUUUUUUACGUGUAAAUCAGUGCUCCAGUAAAUUUAUAAUUUUACAGUUUCGAUUUUUUUUUUUUCACAAAAAAAUUUUCCAUCUUGGAAUAUUGAAGUCUCAGAUAAAAUAAUUUUUGUGAACGCGAAAAGAAAACAGAAAUAACAUACAUAACGCAAACAAAAAAGAAAAAAAAAGGAAAAAACAAAACAAAAACAAAACAAACAUUAUAUUGUAUAAAAUAAACCGAUGCUUUCAUUUCGUGGACAACUUAGAAUGCUGUGCGCUCCAACAAUGGCUAGAAUGCUAAAACACAUACUGCCAAGACGCCUAAAUCGCAUCGGAUUCUUCCGUUACGCAUCCUGCGAGGCUAA